UCACCGGAAGGAGGAACCGAGAGGUUAGUGGGAGUAGAAGAGGAAAAGCUGUGAUCAGAGGAGGAAGAACAUCCGCAUGUUUAUGUGACACCCGCUGUGCGCGGAUUUUCUCUGCAGAACAGUGCGCUGAGACGCCGCUCUGAGCAUCAUAGGUCCGAUGGAGUUUCCGGGAAACAAAGAGCUUCUGCAGUUUUUCCACCGUCAUAAAACCGACUUAUCCUGCAUGGAGAACCCGCACACCUUCCUGACCAAGAUCAGAGACUACGACCUGAUCCCGGAGGACAGAUACGAGAAGUUGCGGCGCAUGAAGAGUAAAGAGAGCCUGAGGAGAGGCCUUUAUGACACCCUGGACUGGUUGGAGAAGGAGCUGUCAGAGGACAUCUCUGUCUUCUGGAGGUGUGUCUUCAUGGAGCCCAUCCUGCACUUUUAUCCAACCCUGCAGCGGCUGCACAAGAGCCUCCUGGACGGGUCUUUCCAUUUUGAAUCACGGCUUCCUCAGAGAGUGGAAAUGAAAGAGAGAGACGACGGGAAAAGGAAGAAACUUCCAGAAGAUGAGCUGAAGCAGACAAACUCUGUGAAGAAGAAGAAGAAGAAACAGAGACGGAGGAGAAGGAGUGAUGAUGAUGAUGAAGAUGGUGAUGAUGAUGAGGAGCAGCCUGGUCCUUCAUCCCAGAUGAGUCUGAGGAAAAAAACUAAAAAAAUAAGUUUCUCUUCUCCGCUGAAGAAAGGAGAGAAGGGUGACAUCUGGACGUGGCCUCUCUAUCAGAGCCAGCUGCCUGUGACCUGUGGAAGCAUGGAGGGAACGCUGCAGAGAGACAGACUGGCUCAAGGUGAGAAAUGUAUUUGGAUCAAACAGUGGUUUACUCCGACUGAAUUUGAGAAGUUUUCAGGGAAGGAGAGCUGUAAGAACUGGAAAGUGAGCAUUCGAUGUCGUGGCACCACCCUGGGGAAACUGAUAGAGGAAGGUCACCUGAAAGCACCAAACUACCAAAGAAGAAGUAAAAAGGCCAAGAAAUCCCUUUUUCCUUCCAGUUGUUCAAAUGAUAAAGAAAUGGACACAGAUGAAGAUGAAGAGAUGGAGGAUCAGACUGAGCAGCAGCCAGGAAGCAGCCAGGACAGCAGAAAGGUGUUAAAGGUUACCUGUGGAUCUGCAGCUGGGACUUUACACAUCAGACGAUUUGCAUCAGGGACUUGUGGGAAGAGCAUUCGCACCGAGACGAGCUGGUUGACUCCGAUGGAAUUCACCAAGGAAGCGUCCUGUCAGACAGACGCCAGCUGGAGGAAAGACAUCAAGUGUGAAGGAGAAGCACUCAGUGCUCUCAUAGAGGCAGAAAUCUUAAGGAUCCACUCAGUGCGGUGUAGUUGCAGGCUGUGCAAACCAGACGCUAAGGAGCAGGAGAAUCAGAGAAAUGAUGAUGAGUGUUGCAUCUGUAAGAGUGGAGGAGAAGAAGAAGAUGAAGAAGAAGAUGACCUGGUGGUGUGUGAUCACUGCCCUCGAUCCUUCCACCCCAGAUGUCACCUUCCUCAGAUAGACGACAGCAUUUUACGGGAUGACAGUCCAUGGAUGUGCACGUUCUGUGCUUUUAGAACUAACCAAGAGGUCCUAUCCUCUGAUCAGCUGGAAACAGAAUCAGUCAUGUCCCGCCCCAUCUCUCCAAACAUCCUGGAAUGCCAGUAUCUCCUCCUGUGUCUGUGCAACGCUGAUGAGGAGCAAAUAUUUGCUACAAACCCGACCGUCUAUCUGGAAAACUACUCGGCUUUUAUCAGGACUCCCAUGUGGCUGGGUUAUAUAGCAGACAAACUCCAGAGGACACAGUACCACACUGUUGGCCAGUUUGUGUCUGAUGUCAGGCUUAUUUUCCAAAACUGUGCCGCGUACAACCAGAGUAAUGCUGAAUUCCUCGCCAUGGGUGAAGAACUGAAUCAGUUAUUUGAUGAAGAAUUCAAAAAGGCCUUCAACAUCCAGGACUGAUCAACACGUUUUCAGCCUCUUUAGAUUUGGGAAAAGUUUCUAAAAACGUCUGUAGAUCCUCAGUCAUCCAGGUGAUGGGAGUCCUGCAAGCUUCAGUAGAAAUCAACUGGACUUCUCUUUAGGGUUCUUACUCCCUUGACGCCUAAUGUCAUUAAUUCUCAUCAUACCACUUUCAUUCAGACUGCAGAUAACAUAUCGAUGCCCCCAAUGCCGGUUUGCUCGUUUCAAUACGUACCUCAGAACCUCUUAAAGCACCUAUUUAUGCGCUAUUUAUCUGUUAUUAUUAUUAUACUUCUAUAUAUUUGUUCUAUGUGUAAUAAAUAACAAUCUGCACUUAUCAGCUGGAAAGCAAAAACACACAAAAAAUGUUUUUUGCUUAAUUGCAAAUAGAUUCAGAGAACACCUAGGCACCUAAUCCGACUCCACCUUAGGGGCAGAAUAAGUUAGAUGGUCCAAAACCCGGCACUUAUUUAGCGCUGACAAAAUUAAAAAAAAACAACUUGCAAGUUGAUGGCAACACCUUUGACCAAUCGCACUCGAAGCACUUUUUGCACUUACUACAGGUUUUUCCUUAUCUCUGAAUUCUUGCUUGUGUUGUACGUCGCUUUGGACAAAAGCGUCUGCUAAAUGAAACUGUAGAAUUGUAAAUUGUAGAAUUGUAGAUUCAGGCAUCAAGGGGUUAAAGACGUUUCACCUCUCAGCCAAGCGGCCUCUUCAGUUCUAACUGACUAAUGGGGAGUUUUAUUCAGAAACAAGCAAAUAUAAAAGUUGCAGUAAUGUCAUUUUAAGAGAUUUGUUUAUGACUUAACUCUGUCUUUAAAGUGGAGGAAGUUCAUUUGUAUUCAGUCAGACUAAAGGUGUGACACAAAAACUGUCCAACUUAACUAGCCAGCUCCAUCAGAAUACCGUUUAACCACCAAUCAGGAUAACAUUCCGACCAGUAGCAGGUGAAGUGAAGAACACUGGUACCUGUUAGUCUGUUGGAUGCAUCAGGCAGCAUGCAGGAUCUUUCUGCAUGGAGUUUGCAUGUUCUCCCUGUGCAUGCGUGGGUUUUCUCCGGGUACUCCGGCUUCCUCCCACAGUCCAAAAACAUGCUGAGGUUAAUUGGUUACUCUAAACUGUCCGUAGGUGUGAAUGUGAGUGUGAUUGUGUGUCUGUAUAUGUAGCCCUGUGACAGACUGGUGACCUGUCCAGGGUGUCCCCUGCCUUCAGUCAGCUGGGAUAGACUCCAGCACCCCCCAUGACCCUGGUGAGGAUAAAGAGGUUUAUAGAGGAUGGAUGGAUUUCAACAUUUUAGAUUGUACACUUUUAUUUUUUAUUUGUUUACAAACCCCACAGUAUGAUUAAUUCCAGUGCAGUAUUCUGAAGGGAAUCUUCCAGCAGGUGUUCCUUUACCAUCCACUGAACAUCAUUCCAGACCUCCACGGUUCUCUGGCAGCAGACAGGACCUCCUGCUACGUCGUAGAAACUGCUCAGGAAUACAACAAACUGUCCAAAGAAUAUUCCAGAGGCCUUCAACCUUCUGGUCAGCAGCCUAGAGCCUUAACCUCUUUAAUAUCUGCACAAACACAGCAGGGUUCCAUGACUGCUCAGUUCAAAUCCUCUUCAGAACUUCAGAUUUUCACUGCAGUCAGCAGAAAGAUUCAACAAUACCGCCUUAAACUAGCGACCAAUGGCAGGGUGGCAUCCCAACAGAAAGAACCAACAGUCUGAUCUCAUUUUUCUUUAUUUCUGUACAGUAAAUGUAGAACUUUUGUGUGAAGAACAACAUUAUUAUUUAAAAGUUGCUGCAGGAAUCGAGUCUUCCUGUUUUUUCUGGCGUUAGACAGCAUGUUGGAGGACUGGAACUGAACUGUUAUUAACUUUGUUUUUCAAUAAAAUAUUAGCUCAUG